AUGGAGGUUCGAGUGGAGGCAGCUGCCGGUCUUCCCACGGAUGCAGUGCUUUCACUGCGGCUUGGGGCCACACGAAGACAAGCUCCCUUACAGAGCGCACUGUCGCACCCACUGCGGUUUUCAACCUUCCUGGAUUCCGCAAGUGAGCCACUUCGCCUCGACGUCAUGCGACCGAUGUCCACAGCGCAGGUUGUUCUGCGGGCCGAGGAGCACCGCUACACCGUGCCCCUGCCAGGUUGUCCUGACGGGGCAAUCCAGUUCUUGGUGAAGCCUUCCUUUGCCAAAGUUGCAGAGCGAGGUCGCGGGACCGAUGCCUACAGCGCUCCCUCCUUACCAGGCUUCAAGGACGCAGCUGCCUCCGCGAAGGAAUAUCUCGAGAGACACCAUCUCCUUCAGUACAUGCAGUCGCUGCUUCACGCAGUGAUUCAGGCAAAGCCCAAGGAUCCUGUCGCCUACAUGAUGAGUCUUAUGAAGACUUCGCAUCGCUCCGACCGCUCCGAGAGCCGGAGGUCAUCUGAAGAGGUUCCAGAAGCUCGCAGUGAUCCAGGACCAAGUGUGGCUGGCAAUGAGCUCCUACUCGGACAAACUGCUUCCGAUCCAGGCCUUGGGCCUGAGGCGCUGGAAGCCGCCAAAGCUGAACCCUGCGCGCCCCCGCAGGAUGACCAACACGCCUCAGCGCGCGAAGAGGACUUUGUUUUGGACUCCAGCGUUCCCGCGCCCACCCUCGAGCCACAGCACCUCGACAUCGUGGAUUCGCCUGCCUCUGCAAGACGCAAAGAGCCUGCGCUGACACGUGCAGCACUCGAUCCGCAGAGGUUGAAAGAAGUACGGACGAGUCUGCAACGACAGCUGCAAAGCACUAUCUCGGAAGGGAAACUGGAGACGUCUGUUCAGAAGGCACUGGAGUUGAUGACAGGCCCAUCAUUCGAAGCAGAGGAGCACUUGAGGAAUGAACUCAUAAUUCUCCUUUCGGAGAGGAAGGAGCUGAUGUCCCGCACACACAGGCUGACGGAGGAGCUGCAUCAGCUGAGGCAGUUGAACCAGGAUCUCCACAUCAAGCUAUCAAAGAGUAGCGACUAUGGGUAG